AUGCGCUCCCUCACGCGCUCUCUCACUCGCCCUCUCAGUCGCACUCUCGUGCGCUCUCUUGGGCGCUCUUUGGCAUGCUCUCUCACACGCUCUCUCACGCACUCUCUCACACGCACCCUCACUCACUCUCUUGUGCUCUUUCACGCGCACCUUCACUCACUCUCUCGCGCUCUCUCAUGCGCUCUCUCACGCGCUCUCUCACGCGCUCUCUCACGCGCUCUCUCACGCGCUCUCUCUUGCGCUCUAUCAAGGCGCACUCUUAGGGGUACUCUCAGGCGCUCUCUCUCGCGCUCUUUUUCCCACACGCUCCCGCGCAUUGUCUCUUACAUCCUUUCUCUCGCGCACUCUCACGCACAUUCUCUCUCAAACGCUCUCUCACGCGCACCCUCACAUGCUCCCUCACACGCUCUCACACGCGCUCUCUCACGCGCUCUCACACGCGCCCUCUCACCCGCUCUCUCACGCACUCUCACGCGCUCUUUCACGCUCCCUCACGUGCUCCCCCGCGCACUCUCAAGCACACUCUCACGCACUCCCUUUCGCGCUCUAUCUCGCACACUCUCACCACAUUCUCUCUCUCGCGGACUAUCACACGCAUUCUCUCUCUCGCGAACUAUCACACGCAUUCUCUCUCUCGCGCUCUCACGCGCACUUGCACAAGCUCUCUUAUGCGCUCUCUCAUGCGAUCUCUCUCACUCGCUCCCUCACGCGCUCUCUCAUGCUGAUGCGCACUUUCACGCACUCUCUCAUAUGCUCUCUCACGUGCUCUCACGCGCUCUCUCGCGCUCUUUCACGCGCUCUCUCACGCGCUCUCAUGCGCUCUCAUGCUCCCUCUCACGCUCUCUCACGCACUCUCGCGCACUCUCUCAUCCGCUCUCUCAAGGCGCACUCUCAGGCACACUCUCACACACUCUCUCUCGCGCUCUCUCUCGCGCAUCUCACCACUUUCUCUCUCUCACGCGCUCUCUCGCGCACUAUCACAUGCAUUCACUCUCUCACGCUCUCACGUGCACUCACACGCGCUCCCUCAUGCACCCCCGCGCUUGUGCUCGUGCACCUGUCGCCAGAGGAGACAGCGGAGAGGGAAGGAGAGGCGACGGCGGGGAGUGGGGAGAGGCGGCCGCGGGGAGUGAGGAGAGGCAACCGCGGGGAGGAGCGAGAGGCGACCGCGGGGAGGAGGGAGAGGCGACGGCGGGGAGGAGGAUAGGCGACGGCGGGGAGGAGGGAGAGGCGACGAUGGGGAGGAGGGAGAGGCGACGGCGGGGAGGAGGUGAGGCGACGGCGGGGAGGAGGGAGGAGAUGGCGGGGUGGAUGGGACGGAGUGAUUGUGAGGUGGGUUGGAGAGGUGUCAGCGGGUAG